GAAGCAGCAGAAGAAGAAGCGGCGCCAGGCGGUGGGCCUGGACUCGUACCGGGGUCUGGCCCAGGUGUCCGUGCGCUGCCUGUGUUCGCUGCUGCUGGCGCUGCCGCACUUCAACUUCCACAACAACAUGGUGGUGGUCCUGGUCCCGCUGAUGAACGACCCCGACAAGCAGAUGUCAGAAAUGUGCUGCGAUGCGUUCAGGAAACUGUUCCAGCAGGACAAAGAGGGAGGGGCUUCCCUGGCCACGGUGCGCGUCAUCUCCGCCCUCGUUAAGAGACUCAACUACAACGUCAGGCCUGAGCUGCUGCGGACGCUGCUGAGUCUGCGGAUAAAGGAGGUGCAGAUGAAGAAGGACGUGGAGGACACGGCACCGAAGAAGAAGUUCAUGAACAACAAAGAGAAGAGGAAGCACCUGUCUAGGAUGCAGAGGAAGGUAAAGUUCAUGUUACCAGACGCGUGUUAA